CCCGGGGGCCGCCUACGAGGGCCAGAGCGCGGGGGAAGGAAACGGAAAACAUAAAAAAAGAGAAGGAAAAAAAAAAGGAAGGAGAAAGUAGGGCACGGGCGUAAUUCCUAUUUCUGGCCACGGCAGAUUCCGGGGCUCGCCGGCGUCACUCCGACCGUGGACGUCUCCACCUCCCGGCCAAGAAGUGGAGGAAGAAAGCAUUUUUAUUAGAUAAAAGGUGGAGGAUCUCGGACGGGUGGCGGCGACGGAGUCGAAGAACAACUAGGCUUUGCCAACACGCUUCUCCGAUCCCUCCUCAAUGGGCCUCCUCAGCAUUAUAAGGAAGAUCAAGAGGAAAGAGAAGGAAAUGCGAAUCCUCAUGGUUGGGCUUGACAACUCGGGAAAGACAACAAUCGUGCUGAAGAUCAACGGUGAGGACACCAGCGUCAUCAGCCCUACCCUGGGCUUCAACAUCAAGACGAUCAAGUACCAAAAGUAUUCUCUUAACAUAUGGGAUGUUGGCGGGCAGAAGACUAUCAGGUCCUAUUGGAGGAACUACUUUGAGCAGACUGACGGUCUGGUGUGGGUUGUCGACAGCUCUGAUGUUCGGAGGCUGGACGAUUGCCGGAUGGAGCUGGAGAAUCUCUUGAAAGAAGAGAGAUUAUCAGGGGCAUCUUUGUUGGUCUUUGCAAAUAAACAGGAUAUACAAGGUGCUCUCAAACCAUCAGAAAUAGCAAAGGUGCUAAAUUUGGAUGCUUUGGACAAAACUAGGCAUUGGGAAAUUGUGGGCUGUAGUGCCUGCACUGGGGAAGGAUUGCUUCAGGGGUUUGAUUGGCUGGUUCAGGACAUCGCUUCUCGAAUUUAUGUGCUGGACUGAAAAUGAGUGAGCAGUUCAACUAAAAAUUUUUAGUUGUGGAGAUGUUCAUUCUGAUUCCUACAGAACACUCAGGCACAGGCUUUCAUUUCCAUGCUGGAGCUUCCUCCCCCACUUAUUUGUGGUAACAGAUAGGAUCUUCUAUUUAGUAUGUUGUUGAGGGAAUGGAUGGGUGAGGCUUCAAGAUGCUGUUUCAUUUGCAAUUCAGUUUCAUGUAUUGAGUUUGAGGCAAAAUUCGACGUGUGGUACUGUUCAAAAUCUAGCUUAAUAUGAUAUCCAGACUUAUUUGAUAGCUGAUGGGUCGAUCCUGGAUUCUUUGUUCGGUACUUGCCGGUUUUGGCACAUCACUGAAAAGUUAAAGAUGGAUUCAAUAUUUCUAUCAAAGUGGUUGAUGGUGUAUGGUUGUAAUGAGAGUAGGAAAAAUAUACUAACAGUUCGAAUUUGAAGAAAGAGGUCGAAAUUACUUUUUCUGUCUGGUCCUGUAUGAGAAUCAUAAUUGAAACUAUUUGUAUUAAAGAAAACAUUGACAUUAGCUUCUCCUUUCCA